AAAGCGUGCUUUUUAAUAUUUUUUCUCCAAAUUGUGCUCUUUAUUACUUUUUCUUUCUACAGUUCCUACUUCCAUUGCUCAUUGAGAAAAUAGACUCAGAUGUACAAAGUGCUAAACUGGAUUCCUUGCAAACCCUGGUUGCUGCAUGCAAAAUCUAUGGGCAUAAAGAACUGAAAGAAUUCCUCCCUAGCCUUUGGUCAUCCUUGCGCACAGAAGUAUUCCAAACAGCAAGUGAGAAGAUAGAAGCAGAAUGCUUGUCUGCUUUGCGAGCUCUGUCAGCAUGUCUGUCCCGUUUGGUGCUUGGAGCUGAUGAUGAGGAUCUUCUGGAUUCCUUUCUUAGAGGAGUCCUGCAAGAUUGCAGACACCAUCUAUGUGAGCCUGACAUGAAACUGGUGUGGCCAAGCGCUAAACUCUUGCAGGCAGCUGCAGGAGCUUCUUUGCGGGCUUAUUACCAGAUCACAAGUAGUGUACUUCCUUUGCUGUUGGAGCAGUAUGCCAAGCAUGAGCAGAGUAGUCAGCACAGGACAGUCUUGGAGGUGUUGCUUGGUUUCUUGGAGUUGCGGCAAAUUUGGGGUCCCGAGGAGGAAGACAAAAGUCCACUGCUUUCUUGCAAAGACUCUUUGUGCUCUGUAGUAUUCUCUGCCUUAGCUGAGCCCAAUAUUCAACUUCAAUUGGUUGGGAUCCAGAUUCUGACAUUUCUAGGAUCUCAUAAAGAGCUUCUGGAUCUUGCAGAUGUGGAAAAGCUUGCAGAUCACUUUGCACAGUCCAUCCUGAAUGAAAAGGAUUCCCAGAUCAGUUUGGCAGCUAUGGAUGCUGCUGGCACCCUUGCGCCUGUCUACCCAGAAAUCUUCAGCAAGUAUUUGGUUCAGAAGUUUUCAAAAGGACUGGAGUCAGAACUUCAGGACAGUAUUUCUUCCCAUCAGAAACAUCUACAAGCUCUGGCAGCAGUGUCCACCCAUCCUAGUAUUAUAAGGCAAACUGUUCCUAUCCUCCUGCAACAUCUUCAGCAGAUUCAGAAAGGUAAAAGGCCAGCAAAUAAUAAUUCAGUGGUAUCUGUGUGCCACAGCUUGCAACAGGUCGCCCUUCAGUGCCAACAAAAUGCUCAGACAUACUGGUAUUUCCAUCAGGCGGUGGUGCCCUGUUUGCUAGGCUUAGCAGUACAAGCUGCUUUGGAAGAAAAUUCUCAAACAACACUUGACAAAGUUCUGCUAACAGAAGAGGCUUUAUCAUCCAUAGUGUUAGUCAUCAGUGCAGCCUGCAUGCACUUAAGCCCAGAGUUGGCUGCCCAGAGUGUGUCCAAAGUGGUACCUCUCUUCCUGGAUGGAGAACUUUCCUUCUUGCCUGGAAACAACUAUCCUAGCCCUUUUCAUCCCUUUCAGGAUGGACCAUGUCCGGUGGCAGCCCCAAGAAGACUGGUUGCUCUCCUUAUGGCCUUUGUAUGUUCACUGCCAAGAACAGUGGCAAUUCCUCAGCAGGAUCGGUUGCUGCGUGAGCUACUAGCUCUUAGCUGUUCCUGUGACUGCCCAUUCACUGCUACUGCCGCUGCCAAAUGCUUUGCAGGACUGAUUAACAAAUACCCAGAAGGGCCACACUUAGAUCAGCUCUUGGAAAUGGCCAUGAAAAUGUUGGAACAAGGCUUGAAUGAAGGUCCCUAUCAACGCCAGGCCCUUACUCUGCUGUUGUGGGUGAGUAAAGCGUUGUUGCUACGCUACCACCCAUUAAUCACACAGCUGACUGACAAGCUACUCCAACUCUUGGGGGACACUGUUCUUGGCCCUGCAGUGGGCGAUGGCUUUGCUUUGCUCAUGGCUGAUUCUACUGAUGUAUUGGGCAAGAGCUGUCAUGCUGAGGUGCGUCUCAUGUUCCGCCAGCAUUUCUUCACUGAUUGUGUGCCCCAGUUGGUGCAACAUUUCCACACAUCUACUCCUGAUGUGAAACCAAAUUACCUGAAGGGCCUGUCUCACAUAUUAAAUCACUUGCCCAAGCCAGUGCUAGUAACAGAGCUGCCUACAUUGCUGCCUCUGUUGCUAGAGUCUCUGUCAUGUUCUGACCAUGUGGUGCAGCUUUCAACUUUACGCUGCGUACAGCCAUUGCUACUUGAUGCACCUCAUGUUAUGCAUCUCCACAUCGACACCCUUGUGGGCAAGUUUCUUAACCUAACAGACAAUUCUGCCAUGGCAAUCCGUAUUGCUGCACUUCAGUGCCUCCAUGCACUUGCCUCCUUACCUACCCCAGUGGUGAUCCCAUUCAAGCCACGAGUCAUUCGAGCAUUGGCCAAGCCUUUGGAUGACAAGAAGCGCCUUGUACGUAAAGAAGCUGUCAUAGCACGAGGAGAAUGGUUUCUGCUUGGGACACCUGGCAGGUGAAACGUCUCACUGUGAAUCCUGACUGACAAUCUUUUGUCCGUUUGCCUUGGACCACUUUUAUUAG